AUGGAACAAUACCGAGAAAUCGGAGGAAAAAGAGGAAGUUCUCUGAUAGGCGACUCCGAGACGACGGGAGAUAAAUCUAAUUUGGUGAAAACAAGCUCUCUAGGGUUCUUCUCUGUCGCGAUCUCGCCGGAAACUACGUUACCUAUCAUGUCGCCGAACAAGUUAUUCCCUCGAUUUGACGUACCGAUUUGA